CUCACGAUUAGCUCUUGACAGCCCCCUUUUUGCUAUGACAACAAUGCGCUUCAGCAAUUCCCGCGAGACGCUUUCACAGGAGCCUUGAUGCCAACGCAUUGAACAGUUCGUGGUCUCCAUCUGCUCGUUGACAUCGCAGAGCACAAUGGCAUCCAAAGGUGCAGCCGUCGGAUCAGUCUCUUGGAUCGCCGCCGAGAAGGAGAAUGCUUUUAACCUACUACGGAAUGAGAAAGAAGAAGUCAUAUAUCCGGCUCAGCACCAGCUCGAAUGGCUCAACGAGCAUAUGGCCGAGAUAUUCAACAAAAGCCAUCUCGACGUUGCCAACGUGUUUAAGACACCCGGAAAGCUUCGAGGGAAAACUCCUCGUACUGCAAGGAGACGAAAUGCCCAGGACGCACGAAUACCUUUGAGCGACGUCUUCUCAUCAAAACCUCUACCACGGCAGAGUCCCCCGAAAAAAGCAGACCAACUCAAGCUCCGCUUUGAAGUUGCAAUUCCUACCGAUCAAAUACAACAGCCCUUCAAGUCACAGACCGAUUCAGGCUACCACACCGCAAGCCAGGACGAUGUGGAUGUCGGCACAGAUUAUCACUCGAGCAAUGUACCAGAAGUAGCGGCUGAAGAAUGUUCGAACAAUACAGAUACUGCUUCAGACCAUAACAUGGAUGAUGCAAUGGAGGAAGGGCACCGUACUACCGAAGGAUCUUUCCAUUCGGCAAAAGAAGAUCAGACAACAAAGAUGACGGGAGUUGAGGUGGCUGUAAAGGAAAAUGCGCCUCAAAGUGUAUCCCUGGACAAUCAGCGGACUGACAAUAUCGAAGCACCAAUGGGGCGGCAAGAAGAGGGACAUCCUGAAUUGGAUGACAUUGGUUCUCCUUCCGAUGAAUCAACUCCUGAAAGACUCUUGGUGAGGAAAAGUAGUCUGACGUUUGCUUCUCUGCCGGCACGGGAGCCGUUGAAAUCCAGUAUUGGCACCAGAAUCUCACGAACAAGUCAUAUCGACCAGGUACAACGACCGCCAUCAAGCGCAUAUGGGCUACGGCCGACUGCGCUUCCAAGUCAAACUACACAGCACCCGGCACGUGAUGACAACAAAGAUGUUGAGAUGGACGAUGCAGAUGAUGAUGAAGGCGACUCAAACAUACAAAUUUUGGGCCAUGAUGAUUCCGAGAGCGAGAACCAAGUCACCAAAGAUCACGCUAAAUUCUCGACGCAAAGACUGCAUGAGAAAAUCGACAUGCUUGGAAGAGUACCUCCGCCAAGACCCUCCAAAUCAAUCCCUUCGGCCAUCGUCCUGCCGGACGCAAAGCAACCGGGUGAGCAACGCCAGAAGAACCAGAAUGGAAAGCAGACGCAGCUCGUGAAUGAAGAUGAUGACGACUGGAUCAAGCCACUGACUAGUCCAGACGCUGCUGGAUCAUCUCUGAAGACCGCAAUGCAUAUGGAAUCGGAGAGUGAAGAGGAAUUUGAUCUUCGAGCUCCCGAAUUGAUUGCACACGACGAGCGAAUGAAGUCUCCGAUUCGCAUGUCACCGGGUCCAGGUAAGAUGAUGCCAGGCUUUGGGCACACCAAGUCUGCAUCAACCGCCACCCUGGCCUCGCCUGCAAAGGCAUCCAUGGCACCUCCGCCCAGCCCUGCGAAAUCCAUAUCAGUAUCAAAUCCAGCCCAGAGUACGACAACUCCACACGGCUCGCCGAGGCGAUAUCUCGACCUAAGUGCAUCGAAAUCCAAGUUGCAAUCUAUCAUGAAGACCGCCAAAGGCUUGUUCACCAGCAGCGCAAGUAUUUCAGCUGCGGCCAAGUUGGAAACUUUGUCUCCUCAUACUCUGAAGGUAGCUUCGAACGCGAUGCCUGGAAUGUAUCCGAACCUUAACGCCUUGAUCGAAGAUAAGCCUUUACCUGCAAAUCCCCCAAAAGAGGCAAGAAAGACCCGCAGUUCCACAGAGAGAGAGAGAGAAGAAAAACGAAAAGAAAGAGAAGCCCAUCUGAAGCAGCGAAUGGAUGAGCAGUUAGAGAAAGCGCGAGAGGAAGAGAGGAAGAAAGUUGCGGAACAAAAGCUCGUGCGUGAACAGAUGACUAGAAAGGAGUUCGAGCAGGUAAAGCCUUCAAGCCCAAAGCGUCAGACUGCUGAACAACAAGAACCGAUCGAAUCAGCAGCAAGACCAACUCGGCCAAUAAGAGUGGGAAAAGAGCACCCGAUCAACAAAGCUAAGCCUGCACCAGUAUCGAUACGUGUCGGGACACUCUCUCAACGAAUGCCGGCGAGUGCCUCGCAAGCGGCUCCGAGUACCCAGGAAACCCUGGCUGCAGAGCCCAAGCGCCCAAGGUUGAAUAAGAAGGCUAGCACUGCCUCAUUGCAGUCCUCGACAUCGACAACCUUGAAAUCCUCAGUCCAUGCGCCUCCAAAGCCGAGAGCUUUGCUUGCAGCAGAACGCAAGAAGGAACAAGACGAACGAGAAGCACAGAGAAAGCUCGACCAGAAGCGGGAACUGGAGCGCAAGCGAGCGGCUCAACAGGAAGAGGCGCGAAAGCAAGAACAGAGGCAGCGUGCGGAGGCAGAGAAGCGUGAACGAGAGCGAGUGGCAGCGGAACAAGCGAAGCGACAGGCUCAGCAGCAAGCCAUUGAACGCAAACGUCAAGAGACGGCUAGAAAAGCAGAGCAGCAACGGUUGGAGCGUGCUGCCAAUGAAGCCGCCCAGAUUAGACCCUCCUCGCGUCUUGGUGGUCAACCUACGGGCCGUUCAAUCCUCAACCAUCCCUUGCCCACCAAUCCCGCGAAGCCUGCGAAGCGACCACUGGAGGAAGAACAGGGCACUACGCGUCCCCAAAACUCAAAGUAUGGCGUUCUGGCGUCUCAAGGCGAUACGAAGAGACGGAAGACUGAAGAAGAAACCGUGACUGAAGCCUUUCCACGUCCCGUUGUUUCUGGUGCCCCUAUCCGGCAGUCACAACUUGGGAAGAAGACAUCGAUCUUCAACCAUGGUACAUACACCCAAGCACAAUCCUCGACAUAUGCGGCCCAAUUUCCCCAGCCUCCCAGCCGAGCCGCACCCCCACAGAUGCAACAAUAUGCCACAGGCGGUAAGAUCCCCUUUGCAGAUGCCCCUAACCCGCCGGCACAUACGAAAACUCCCGUGUCAAUCAUGCAACAGAAGACGAUCCAGACGGUCAAGUCUUCACCACAGUAUCCGAACGGGGAAGCCAUUCAUCUACCCGAGAUUCCAACCGACUCGGAGGAUGAGGAUUCAGACGAUGACGGCAAUGCAUUCCCUAUUCCUGACUGGGCUUCACCGGGCCACCUUACGGAACAACUCAUCCGGCAGGAGGGCAUGGAUGGGGAUGUGGUUUUCGGGCCCAUCGCACCACUGAAAAUAGAAGAGAUAUUCUCCAAGGGGAACAAAGACAGAUUGAAAAGACUUCGAGACCGGACUAGCAGCGCCAAUUGGGCACUUAGCGGCGACGGGCUGACGCUCGAAGAGGUCAGGGCCGAUCGAGAACAGCGAGAACGAAUGAGACUGGAGGGUGGUUGGAGAUACGGCAAUUAAGAGGAACACCCAAGCGCAGAGCAACUUUGCCUUGGUAGGGAUCUGAUGUUUUACGAAAUCGCGGCUUUUGGGGCCAUAGGCAUCUUGGAGGUAGCAUACUGCACUUUGGUCGGCGUCCUUGUGUGCGAGCGGAUGAAAAGCCAAAAGAACCUAUAGGGAGUGAUGCAUUGACAGUAUGGGUUGGGGCAUCUGCCGCCAUAGAGUCUUCACCUGGGUACAGGCAGUCAAUACAUUUUCAAUUCUUGUGGCUUGAGAUCUAAUUCACGUUUU